AUGAGUGAUCACCCCGCAAGAGAUCCCCGACAAGGGGAUAGUCAGCAUGAACGGGGCCACACUGAAACACAGAAAGAAUCGCGACGCCAGGUAACUACGCCAACAUCCGCGGACCAACCACGGGUGACUUACGGCGGGAGUGGUUAUAAUCAGCCCGCUGAUCAAGGUCGGACUAGCUCAGCCCAUCUGCAAGAGAGAGAUACCCAAUCUCCUCGCCAGGAUCCGGGCGACCAAGCCGACCAAUCUUCUCAAGCCUGGAGUAUGGGUGGACACUCAUACCAGCAUAUUGGGCCGCUAAGCAUCAGCGGGCCGGCUCAGCCGCAGACUCGUGUCGCUACUUGGGUCAGCUCUGUUAGGGCUGCUUCACCUAUAGACCCGCAUACCACAACGGCGAGCGAUGUUGAAAGCCAUUAUAGUGGUCCGAGUAACCCGAGCAGGCAGCCCUCUCCCGAUCGCCAAGAUCUUCUGUAUAUCCUCCCGCCUGGUACGCAACUACCUGAGAGACUAGAGAGAGAAGAGCGCGAAAACCAAGUAGUUAUCGUCGAGAACUCGAGAAGAAAUCGUCGUAGGGAGGAACGUGAGGGUCGUCGUGAUGUGAACAACGGCGCUGGAUUUUUGGUCGAGCCAGGCUAUAGGGAGCUAAGACACGAUUCUGGACGGGUUCUGUCAGCUCCCAAUACUAGAAUCCAAAAAUCCAAAAGUCCCACUAACACCACAAAUGAUCGUCGUCUGCGCCAUAAUCCAACAGUCAAUCACCAAGAGAAGAAAGAAACCUCAAAAGCGAAAACGAAGAAACCCUUACCAUCAUAUCUCCAGCGAAACAAGGCGGACGCAGCUUCAGACCCGAAUAGGAAAACAUGGCUCUUUAAGUUUCCCCGAGAGCUGUUGCAUCAUAUCUCAUCAUACCUCUCACCAGAAUCCGCCAUCUGCCUUACGCUGACCUGUAAGCUGGCGUUGCACACCUUGGGAACGUCAUGGUGGGAAGAUGAGGGGAUUCGCAAACGCUGGUACGUUGACCCGACGACUAUGUCGGUGCCACGAACGUUACUCAUGGAACUUCUAUGCCGCGAUGCCGAAGAGCUUGGUUUAGAGUUUUGUAAGGCCUGCAACACACUACACCCGCCAUUGAAAAGACCCAAUGAGCAUCGUCAAACUAAGUUGACCAAGUAUUGCUGGGGCCAGGAUGCGAUUAUCGAUUACUUACCCCAGGGUAAAGAUGGACUUGGCUAUGGCCUCGUUUUCGAUCAUAUUAAACAGGCUAUGAGCACCGCCUCUCCUGACUCGAGUGUACCAAUCGAACAUCUUUCUGGCUCAUUUCGGGUUCCACAUCCCUACCUUAACUACAGCGUCUCAUCUUCGGCCCGCCGUAUUGAGGGUAAUUUGGUGCUCCGCCACGAAUACUGCUUUAGUCACUCCAGUAGAGCAGUUUUGAAGGCUACCGAUAUCCUGGACCUUCCAUUCAGAAUUUGCCCUCAUCAGACCGUGAUAGUGGAGCCACCACCGAAAAAUCGUUAUAUUAGGAACUCAAAUUCUAAUGGCCCUCUUUUUACACACUCAAUCGUGUCGGCUUUUCCUGUUUUAAGGAGAGCUGGAGUUCCGAAGCCUUGCGUAUUUCGGAAAUCGACGCCACUCGAGAGGCAGAUGAUGUUUUCUGCUGAUAAUGGAGAAGACGUCAUUUUCAAAUGCCGGUCUUGUGCUACGAAGUGGAAAGUCGAAUAUUUAAGGGGCAGUGAUGGAGAGGGGCGGGCAGAGAUUAGAAUUGCAGUAUAUCAUUGUUUUUUCAAAGAGUUGUACUCCGCAGCUAGAUGUUGGCCCUGGCUCGUGAGGCGUGAGGGUGAACUAUUAGGUGAGGGUAAGAGAAAUAGCGAAUACUGGAGCCAAGGAAGAUCAUAUUCUGAUUUCAAGAUCGACUGA